CGCUCUCUCUCGCUUUCAGUUAGACAAGUUCAGAAGGUUAGCACCAUUGGCGGAGGAUACACCGGAAAUAGUCCCUCGGGAGUUCAUAGACCUGAUCUCCAAACUGAAAUUGACCGACUAAUUGUAUCAGCAGUCGCACCUAAUACGGCAAAGGUUUACCAACAAGCUUUACGGUCAUUUAAAGAUUUUAGGGCCUUAUUCCAAUUCGAAGAUCUAUGGCCUAUUCCAUUACAUCACAUAACUAACUAUAUUGCCUAUAUGUCAUUCACUGGAACUGCGGCCUCAACUGUCAAAUCGUAUAUCUCUGGGUUGAGUUUUUUCAGUAAGAUUAACAAUUAUACUGACUGCUUUAAUGCUUUUGUUGUCAGAAAGCUACUCGAAGGAAUGAAGCGUUCACAGCGUCGACCAAAGGAUGCUAGGUUACCCAUAACGCGUGAUUUAUUGUCAAAAAUAUAUAACGUUCUACCUGCUGUUUGUCAUAAUGAUUUUGAAACUAAACUCUUCCAAGCUUCGUUUUCCUUGGCCUUUUUUGGUUUCCUUAGAGUUGGCGAACUAACCGCUGACCAAAAACACCAAAAACACACCUCAACCCAAUCCCAUGCACUUGAUUAUAAAGACAUUAAGAUAAAUCUAUCCAGUAUUGAAAUCCGCUUACGUUCAUCUAAGACUGACCAGUGCUGUACAGGAACUACAAUUGUUAUUGAUGAUAGGCCUGGUGAUGUUUGUGCAGUUUUCGCUUUACGUAAUUACUUAAAAAUUAGACCAAAUGUCGCUGGUCAACUGUUUUGUCAUUUUGAUGGAACCCCUAUCACUAGAUACCAAUUUUCGGGAGUCCUAAAAAAGUCACUGAAUAUUUUGGGUUUAAGUCAAGCAAAAUAUAGUUCUCAUUCAUUCAGGAUAGGUGCUGCCACAAGCGCUGCCAUGAAUGGCUUAUCUGAUUCUGAAAUUCAGGCCAUGGGUAGGUGGAAGUCUGAUUCAUUUCGUUCAUAUAUUCGAAUACAACAAUGUCUAUAACUGUUAGAUUUAUUUAUAAUUUUGUGUAAUGAACUUGCAAUCACUUUAGUGGGACUAACCGCUAUUUAAGAAUUGCAGGUUCACCAAUUACAAUUUGGAUUGUUGGUUCCUCCUUGGUAAAAAAUGCAUUUGUUCAAGCUAGAACAAGACCAGGUGGCAUUAAUCUUGGACUAGAUCAAAAUGGUGUUCGGCUGUGGUGGUUGGGUAAAAGCGGAAUGAGGCUUAAUGAUCUACUAAAUAGGAUCAAGCUGAUGCUUAGAUAUGAGGAACCCCCAACUUAUCUAGUAUUACACAUAGGGGGAAAUGAUUUAGGAGAAAUUAAGACAGGAGUGUUACGUAAUAGACUAAAACAUUAUUUGAAGAAAGUUUCAGAACUUUUACUGAAUAGCACAUUGGUAUGGUCACAAAUUUUGCCAAGACUCACUUGGCGUUACUCCGCUGAUACUGAAGCAAUGGAUAGAUCCAGGCAGAGAAUAAACAGCUCGCUAGCAAGUUAUAUCAUUCGCCAAGGGGGACAUUACAUACGAUACCCCGAUAUAUCUCCUAAUUCUACAUUUAUAUGUCAAGAUGGUGUACAUUUGACUGAUAUUGGUAAUUACAUUUUUCUAAACACAAUUCAGGGCGCUUUAGAGGCCUUCCUUGUCUACUCGCCACAUACUUUUCCCGAAUGUAAAUCAUGAAAUUGUAUGAUAUUCAUUUGAAUUCAGUUUUUAUUAAAUAUUUAUGGCUCAUAUAUCUAUAUGAUUAUUGUAUUUGGCACACAGCUUUUACGCAGCUCUAUCCGCUUUGAAUGGCGGUUGACCCGUCAGUCAUUUAUGACUGCCUUGGUCAAUUUGGCACAUUUCGCUGCGUUUACUUUAACUAUGCGUCAUUUUGUCGCAUAUUUCAUUUAGCAUCCAAAACAUUUGAUAUUGGGGGUCUCUGUAUCCCAGGACCCACCACACAAAAAAUUAUGAAUCUCUGUAUCCCAGGAUUCAUUUUAUUUUAUUGGAUGCUUCAUUUAUUGUAAAUAUUUAGUUAUCUAGUUAGUUAUCUAGUUAUCUUUUUGUAGUGUGCCAAUAUGAAAGGCGACUACGUUCAUUUAUCUAUCUAUCUAAUUAUCUAUCUGCUAUAUAUAUAUAUAUAUAUCUUAACUGUUUAUCUAGUUAUAUGGAUUUAUAAUUGUGUAGUUUGUAAUAAAGCUGUGGCCAAAUACUGCCAAACUGUGUUUCUGAUCUUUGCGCAUCAAUAAUAAUAGAAUUUAUGAUUCAGCAUAAAUUCGGUUAUUAGUGUAAGCUAUGUAUGUCAUUGGCCGUUCUACUUUUUGUCUAAUGUGGGUUAUCACUUAUCUGAUUGAUCACGCGCAGUAUGACUGCGCAUGCAAUCUUUUCAAUAUCUACAUUCGACGGAAGCAGACGGAUAUAUUUUGGUGAUUUCAAAAACCCACCCACCCACCACUAUUUGUUUCAACAUUGCAUAUUAUAUAUGGACAAAUUUUUGCUGUGUCUUGAUAUAUUUUUUCAGAAUGUUCCUGCUACAAUUAAAGGUGUGAGACGUCAACUAAGCAGUCACUGUAUAUGGAGCGUAUCAGUUUAGUGUCUACUGUAAACUUGUCUGUAGUCCGUAGUUUGCUGGUACAGCUGUACCAUCUCAACGUAAUGUGCGUGUUCUGUUUCAAGACUAUGUGUUUUAGAUAUAUAUAAAUUGAGUAGUCUGUACAUUUCAUCCGU